GCGGUCGGUCCGUCCGUCGGUCGGUCGGUCGGUCGGUCAGUCAUGGCCGAGCCGAGAUGGCUGGGGCCGCAGGGGGACGGCUGGGCACUGCCGCCCGGGAGAGCCGCCGGCGCACAGGACGGGGCCGAGGAGGCGGACAGAGACACAGAUCAGGAAGAUGCUGACUCUGGGAGUGAUUCUGGCAGUCGUGGCAACGUGGGGACUACUUUGGGAAGGGCUGUGCCAGAUGGGAACGUGCUUCUUCCAGAUAUUUUUCACACCGAUCAUCUUUUCUUUUACGAGCGAUUUAGUGCUUACCAGGAUUACAUCUUGGCUGACUGCAAAGCUUCUGAGGUGAAGCAAUUCAUAGCUGAGUACCUGGAGAAGGUCCUUGAGCCAUCUGGCUGGCAGGCAGUCUGGCGCACUGAUGUGUUUCAGGUUGUUGUUGGGGUUGUUGAUGUGGAUUACUCGUCUCUGAAAGCAGUUGUGCAGCUCGGUGACCCUUUCCUGUGCGAGUCCCGGGACAGCAGCUUUACCUUGGAGUGCAUGCAGGAACUCCUGGAGCUGAAGCAAUAUCAGAUCCUGCUGCAGGAGCUGUGGGUUGUGUAUGAUGAGUCAGGAGAGUUUGACCAGACAGCACUGGCUGUAGAGCAUGUCAGGUUCUUCUACCAGUGGCUCUGGAGGACCUGGGACGAGGAGGAGGAGGAUGAGUUUGAUUACUUCGUGCGCUGUGUUGAGCCUCGACUGAGAUUGCAUUAUGACAUCCUUGAACACCGUGUGCCUUCUGGGCUUGUAGCUGAUUACCAGAACUUGUUGUCUCAAUGUGAAGAGCUUUAUGGGAAGUUUCUAAACGUGAGGAACAGCAUCUCAACCAGUGACUCGGACUCGGAAGUAGAAAACGUCUCCAUGGUGGAAGGACUCAAAUUGUAUGAGAAAGUGGAGCACUUAAAACAAAAGCUAAAUGUGAUUGAGAAUCCUCAGCUGAGGUAUGUGUUUGGUUACCAGAAGUAUGGAAGUCUCCAGGCUAAAGGACUGAGGACAACGGGUACCAAGGUCUUACAUGUUGUACCCUCAACCAUUAAAGCAGAUGAGUUCCAGUGGAUGAUGAUGGACAAACUUUAUCCAAAAUCUGGUGGUGAAGAUAUCCAAGUGCAGGUUCACAGUGACCUACUGACAGCUGUAAGUGCCUGCUAUGAAGGAGACACAGUUGUCAUCUUUCCUGGGCAUUACAUUGUAGAUGGCGUGUUCUGCAUUGCUGACUCAGUUGAACUAGAAGGCUAUGGGAUGCCAGAUGAUAUCGUGAUAGAAAAGCAGGGCAAAGGAGACAACUUUUUUGACUGUACAGGAGCCGAUGUGAGGAUCUCUGGUUUGAAGCUGGUGCAACAUGAUGCUGUGGAGGGGAUUAUAAAUAUCCAUCGUGGGAAAACCACCCUGGAGAACUGUGUGUUACAGUGUGAAACCACAGGCAUUACAGUGCGGAUGUCAGCUGAGCUGGUGAUGAAGAACUCUGAUCUCUACGGGGCCAAGGGAGCUGGUGUGGAAAUUUAUCCAGGGAGUACGUGCACCCUUCGCCGCAACAGCAUCCACCACUGCAAGGAGGGAAUACUCAUCAAGAGCUUCUUAGAUGAGCCUUAUGAUGUUCCCAAGAUAACCAUGGUUAAGAAUGUGAUCCAUAAUAAUGAAGGAUAUGGUGUGGUCCUGGUUAGACCAGGACCCUUGGAGGUAAAGGGUGCUUCAGCACAGACAACAAAAGGAAGUACACAACCUACCCAGUCAGGUGAUGAGACAGCCUCUGUGGAGGAGGUCGGGCAGGAACAACAACCUGAGUGUGUGACUGAUGAGUUGGAGCGUUAUGAGCGAGCUGGGACUUCUGGGCAAACUGAAGGCAACUGUGAAAUGGCAAAUGAACUUGGGGCUACUGCUGCAAAGAAGAGCAAGAGGCACAAGAAAAGACUGAGUGAACUGGGAAUUACAGAAGCUGAUGAAAACUUCCUGUCCCAGGAUAUGUUUGUCUCUGUUGAGGGCAAUCAGUUCAAGUGGAAUGGGAAAGGAAGUUUUGGUACCUUUGUUUUCUGAGUGUCCAUUGCAGCAGACAAGUUUUGCAGUUACUGAUUAGAUCACAUGCCUGUGUUGUGUUUUGAUGUUGUGCAUUUAUUUCCCAAGUGUAAUCCUUAUUAAAGAACUGGGGCUAAAAACUCA